GCUCGCUGGGCGGGACUUUGCAGGACGUGGCUUCGCGUGGGGCGCUUGCUGGGGCUGCCAUGGCUGGUCCCCGCCGCGCAGCGCAGGCGAGUGCGCGAUCGGCGGGGCCUCGGGGCCUGGAACGGCUGCAGCCGAGGGGACAGCAGGCUCGGGGACAGCGCAGGAAAGAAAACAAGAAAGUGAAUUGUAAGCCCAGGAACCAGGAUGAGCAAGAGAUCCCUUUCCGACUCCGCGAGAUUAUGAGGAGCAGGCAGGACAUGAAAAGAGAGCUCAGUAACAAGAAGAGAAAGAGAGAGGCCCGGGUGACCUUCAGUAAGACAUUGGAAAAGGAAGCAAAGGGAGAGGAGCCAGACAUCGUUGUCCCCAAGUUCAAGCAAAAUAAAGGGGAGUCUGAUGUGGCCUACAUCCAGCGCAUGGAGCAGGAGGCCCAGCACGUACUGUUCCUUAGCAAGAACCAAGUCAUUCGGCAGCCAGAGGUGCAGGCAGCUCCCAAGGAGAAGUCUGAGCGGAAGAAAGCGUACCAGAAACGGCGACUAGAUAAAGCCCGGGAGAAAAAGGAGGCGAGGGCAGUGGACAGGCUGGAGCAGGAGUUGCUGAAAGAUAAUGUCAAGUUUGGAGAGGUUGUGUUGCAGCCCCCCGAGUUGACAGCCCAGCCCAGGAGGAGUACAAGCAAAGAUACGCCUGGCAAGAAGUCACUAAUGCUGAAGACACUUUUGGGCCCAGGUGGUGUGUCCCAGCCUUCAGGCACUUCACUGGCCCGACAGCGAAUCCUGGGGGAGGAGCGGGAACGGGCUGUACAAGCCUACAGAGCCCUGAAGAAGUUUCAGCAGCAGCGGCAGCAGUGGCAACGGCAGGAGGUGGCCCCUGCACAGCUAACCAGUGGCUCUUCCCAGAGGAGGUCCCAGGCUUGUCUGUGAUGGAGAAACCUAGGAACUCAGACCUCUGGAAACUGGCUUAGGUGCUCUAGACCUGGGCUAGGGAAAGACCGCAAAUGCUUCUCUCUGGAGAAGGGUCUGACCAUAAGCUCUGUAUCAGAGGUCUUUUUUCUCCUUAAAGACUGUCCUUUUAGAAGUGACCACUGAUGGGACCCCAUCUCAUAUAGGGAAGGUUGGAUCCAACACUUCUCUACAACACAGCUGGGAAGACUAGUAUCUUCCUCAGAGUCUGGCUUCAGUCCUGAAACAGCAGCCCCAGCAGAGACAAGCCAGGACCACUGUAGAAAGGACUCAAUCCCCGCUUUUUUCUUUUUAAUAUUUUGUUAUUUUUAUUUUAUACGUACGUGUGUAUUGCCUGCACGUAGGUAAGUGCACCCAUGUCGUGCACAGAAGAGGCUGUCGGAUCCCCUGGAACUGGAGUUACGGACAGUUGUUAGCCGCCAUGUGGGUGCUGGGAUUCAAACCCAGGUCUUCUGCAAGAACAACCAGUGUUCUUAACUGCUGAGCCAUCUCUCCAGCCCCAGGACUCAAUCCCUUAAUCCAGCUAAUUAUUGAAUCUGCUGAUGUAGGUCAGCCUAUGUUUUAAGAGGCUCUCUUGGGCUUGGUACAGCCUAAGGCAGGGGCAGGGCAAAGCAGAUUAGCAGGAUAGCUAACCUGCUAGAGGCUAGACAGAUCCAGGGCAGGGUGGGGUUGGGUAGAGCCUAGUCCACCUGCCCACUUAUCCCUAGAGAGGCAGGGGAAGCCCAAUUCAGGUUUGGUUUGGAUGGAGACUGGGAUGUCAUUACUGACUGGAUGUCUUGAUGUGUACUCAGAAAAACCAGAUCUCAGUAGUAGGAAGGGCAGAGUAUCUGCGGGGUCCUUGGGGUCCUCUCCUCACAUACCAGGAGAAUAAGAACAGGUCCAUGUCCUGUACAUUGGGCCUCUGGGAAACAGAGCAGACCUCUUGAGAGGACCAAGGACGGGGCCUGUCCUGGGACUGUUUACCAAGGAAGGCUGUUGAAAAUUCUUUGCUAGAAAUGUCUCUCACAGCACCAAAAAAGGGAGCACCUGAUGCCGGCUCCUGGUAACAGUGAGAGUGAGCUUCAAACUCAUCCUCAGCCUGGUGUGGCACACUCCUGUAGUCAUGGCACUUGGGAGGUAGAGGCAGGGAGAAUCAAGAGUUCAAGGUCAUCCAUCUGGACCCUGAAGUCCUGUCUCAAAAACCCCAAAACAUAAGCCGGGCGUGGUGGCG